ACAGGAUCGUCGCGUUGUAAUAUCGGUCCAGGCCUCUCUGUUCACGCAGGCCGCAUUCAGUUGUACUUGACAGUUAAUUUAUUGUGUCCGACCAUCGAACGAUGAAAUUUUCGUGGGUGGUUUUCAUCGCGUUGCUAUUCGCGGUGGCCGCCGAAUGCAAACGGAAGAGGAAAUUUGAUGGCGACUUUGAAUUCGCAGAGGAGGAAGACACGCGGACCAUCAAAGUGGGUGAUAGGAAGCGCUGGAUACACGAUCCGACCAGUGAUCUUUGCCGUCCACUGAAUUGCAAAAAGAAGGAACUCUGCUUGCUCGAGGACACUUUCACGGCAGUUUGUGUCUCCAGGAAAGAAUUGCAAAAGUCCGGAGACAUUGUUAUAUCCAAAUCGCGUGCUGUUCAAGAACAGAAAGACCGAGCUGAGACUGCCGAAGACUUUGAAAAGGAUGACGUAUUUUACGAUGCGGAAGACGAUGCUGACGACGAAGAUCAAGAUGAGGCCAAAUGCCGAGAAUGUCCUGUAAUAAAGCCCACAUUUCUGUGUGGAUCAGAUAAUAGAACGUACAGUUCACCGUGUCGAUUGGAAUACCAUAACUGCAUUCAUCAUACUUCUGUUCAUAUUGGCUGCAAAGGAUUCUGCCCAUGCAAAGAAUCUGAACUACGAAUGCACAAGAAGAAAAUGCAGAUGCAGCGGCAAAACUCAUUCCUCGGCAAACUCGGCCGUAAUCGUGACAUCACUCUAACCCCACGAGAUUUCAACUAUGACAAUCAUCACUAUCAAUAUCUUAAGUACACCAAACAUGCCAAGGUACCAUUGGCAGGUAGUAACUAUGAAGAUAAACAUCUUAUGUACAAUGAAGUGAUGGAGAAGACCCCGUCCUCUUCAAACUCAGUUCACAGUCCUUCACAGACGCCAAACCAUGAACCGGACUGUUCGUCGAAGUUGGCAAUGGCCAACCGGCUUCUCGACUGGUUUUCUGUCGUAAUGGCCGACGUGAAACACCGUCGGCAGCACACUAAGCCAAAAGGUCACUUUCCUGUCGGCUGCCAAACUGAAGUUAGGUGGAUGUUCGGCCACUUGGACAUUGACGCCGAUAGUCGAAUCUCUGUCACUGAACUUUAUGGUCUCGAACAUGACCAGAACGAGCCUUGCCUCAAACCGUUCCUUGAUGCUUGUGAUACCGAUAGAGAUGCGUAUGUCACUGGACCCGAAUGGUGCGGAUGUUACUCGAAAGCUGAGCGUCCAUGUGCUGCCGUUCGUAGAGGAUCGUCUCCAGAAGUUGCGCCAGCUUGUGAUUCAAGAGGCUACUAUCGCAGUACCCAGUGUCACCGAGGCCUUGGCCUCUGCUGGUGCGUAGAUCCUCAUGGAGUCGAAUUUGCCGGGACUAGGACCCGUGGCACUAAACCUGAUUGCGAUUCAAUAGUGAACAAGUUGAGUAACGGCGGGAUCAAAACAAACAGAGUAGAUCUCGAGGAUGAUGAAGACGGAGGUGCCGAUCCUGCACAAGACCUCGAAGGUUCUGCUGACCAGCCCUUGGACUUCUAGACUUAUACGUACAUCGGUAUGAGAUACAGUUCGAGAACAUCACUCUGAAAUCGAGGGAUUCAUCACUUGUUAACCUCAAAUGGUUGUGUUGUGGUUGAAGGUCUCUCAAUAAUACUUAGAGCUAUCAAAAUGCGGUCGACUUUGACUGAAGAAAGGUGCAACACUUGGGAAUGAAAUAUUCAAUAUCAUUGCUAUAAUUGACAUGCAAUUAUGUAUAACAAAGAAAAACAUGCACUCGAAUCGACAGUUGUUACCAAUGUCCCAUUUGAUGAUUAGAAUAGUAUAAUAGAACUGUGCAACAUUGCCAGUAAUGAUAAGUUUGAACUCGGCAUCUGACGUUAUCCAAAUUAUUAAAAAGUAGUGAAAGUUUUGAGCUGGGUCGUCAUUUUGAAAUAUGGGAAAAAAAGCAUCGAUGUCCUAUCUGAUUUAACCACACUUUGUAUUUCUGUAUAACAACAAAACUUCGAUGAAAUAUAUAAAAACAGCUAAAUGGAAAACUGAAUGCGAAGAAGGAAGAAGAAUAGAAACCAAUAUGAAAAAAGUUUAUUUCAGAGCCGAAAUUUUAAUGUUUUCUUUACACAAUGGGUACUAGAUAAGUCUGUACCUAUCAGGAUACCUCCAGGCACAACUAUAUUAUAUACCGAAAUUAAAUAAUAUAUAAAUUAUUCAAUAAUUAUGCUAAUAGAAUAUAGAAAACAGCAAUUGUCACUACAUUAAUAUGACACGUACUGCACCUUUACCCUUAAUUAAUGAUUAAUUAUACACAAAAUAUUCUUUCUAAAUUUUAAUUCUUAGCUCUACCAGUAAAUUUAAGUAUCUUUAUUAUACCUGACUUACGGUUAACUAUGACAUAAGCAUGAAAAUGCGGAGAGGGUAAAGUGAAUGAAAAUAAAAUCAUCGAAAGCUGUACAUUA